GUUUAAUUAGUAUCUGCAAAGGAGAUAAGAAUACCUUUAGAUUUGGAUUUAAAUAUAAAAAUAAAUAUAUUUUACUUAAACUUUCAUCGCUUUUCCUUUACUAAUGUCUGCGAUAAAGAUUGAAGAAGUGGUUUCCACCACUAAAAAAGAGCGUGUGGCAGCUCACAGCCAUGUCAAAGGGCUUGGGCUAAAUGCAAACGGCACCGCUGAGCCUUUCAGCGAUGGAUUGGUUGGGCAAAUAAAAGCACGAGAAGCGGCUGGCAUUGUAGUGGAGCUUAUUCGUUCAAAAAAGAUGGCUGGGCGUGCUCUUCUCUUUGCCGGCCCACCGGGAACGGGGAAGACUGCGUUGGCUAUGGGUAUCUCCAAGGAACUCGGGCCAAAGGUCCCCUUCUACCCGAUGAUUGGCAGUGAGGUGUACAGUGCGGAGGUAAAGAAGACGGAGGUGCUUAUGGAGAAUUUUCGGCGUGCCAUCGGGUUACGCAUCAAAGAGAACAAGGAGGUAUAUGAGGGUGAGGUAACCGAAUUGCGUGCUGAGGAAACCGAUAAUCCGCUCGGUGGCUACGGUAAGUCCAUUUCACACGUCAUUAUCUCGCUUAAGUCGCAAAAGGGGACGAAGCAGCUCAAACUGGAUGCCGCCAUAUAUGAAAGCCUUGAAAAGGAAAAAGUGUCGGUUGGCGAUGUCAUCUACAUCGAGGCAAGCUCUGGUGCAGUGAAGCGGGUGGGUCGCUCCGAUGUGUACAUCGGUGAUCACGACCUUGAGGCUGACGAGUAUGUGCCGAUACCAAAGGGGGACGUGCAUAAAAAAAAGGAAGUUAUCCAGGAUGUGACGCUGCACGACCUUGAUAUGGCCAAUGCAAAACCGAACCAGGGGCAAGAUGCUCUCUCUCUCGUGAACAGCCUUAUACGCCAGAAGAAAACGGAGGUGACGGAGAAAUUACGUCAGGAAAUUAAUAAGGUGGUAAACAAAUACAUUGAUCAAGGCGUCGCGGAACUGGUUCCAGGGGUUCUUUUUAUCGACGAGGUGCAUAUGCUUGAUAUCGAGUGUUUUACGUAUCUUAACAAAGCACUGGAAUCUACCUUAGCGCCGGUUGUUAUAUUUGCCACUAACCGCGGUAGCUGCCGAAUUCGUGGGACCGAGAUUAGAGCCCCGCAUGGCAUGCCGACCGAUCUCCUGGAUCGUCUUUUGAUCAUUCGUACCAUGAAUUACCAAGUUUCCUAUAUUAAACACAUCACUGAGAUUCGCGCUCGUGUGGAGGGAGUGAAGCUUUCGGAAGAGGCUCUGGAAAAGCUAGGUUCUAUCGGUGAGGUGACCUCGCUACGAUACGCGACGCAGCUGCUCUCCCCGGCCUCGAUAAUCGCAGAGACCAAAGGGCGGGAUGUGAUAACCCUAGAGGACGUCGAGUUAGUUGAUUAUCUGUUCAAGGAUGCAAAGGCGUCGGCCAAGAUGCUACAAGAAAACGCUGAUGAUUACGUGUAUCAGUAAAAAUGUACGUUGUGCUACUUAUUAUUCUGUCAGGAAUGAAGAUUAGGAACUACCCUUUUACACACACUGUACAUGUAUAUGUAUAGUGUCAGACUUUUAACGUGGCAUUUGUUAAUUUAUUAUUGAAAAGUGAAAUUUAAAAAGACCAAAA